AUGGGCAAGCACGGGAAACGCGGAGGCGGAAGAGGAAGGGGGGGACGGCGCGGCGGACCAGCUACGCGUGGUCGUCCGAACGGCACUGGCGACUGGAAGACGACGGACGUUGCCGACCUCAAGAACGCCUCUUUCGAGGAGUACUACAAGACGCAGGGGAUUGUGCCCGAGGCCGAGUGGGACCAGUUCCUCACCGCGCUCAAGACGGAGCUCCCCACGACGUUCCGCGUGACUGGUAGCCGCGCCCACGCCGACACGAUCAACAACCUCAUCAAGGACGUCUACGUCCCGACCAUGCACGAGGUCGAGCUGGACGGUGUCACGUACGAUGCUCCCAAGCCAAUUGUGUGGUACCCCGAGGAGCUGGCAUGGGAGAUUGCCGCGCCGAAGCGCGUCGUGCGCAAGAACGAGGCCUUCAAGAAAUUCCAAAAGUUCCUGGUCGGAGAGACGGACGUGGGAAAUCUCAGUCGUCAGGAGGCAGUGAGCAUGAUUCCGCCCCUGCUUAUGGAUGUUGAGCCGCACCACUGCUGUCUUGACAUGUGUGCCGCGCCGGGCUCCAAGACGGCGCAGAUUAUCGAGGCACUCAACCCGUAUCACACCGAGUCCACCGGUCUGCUUAUCGCCAACGACGCCGACUACAAGCGCACCCACAUGCUCGUCCACCAGACUGCCCGCAUGCCGUCGAAAGGCCUGCUCGUCACCAACUGCGACGCCAGCAUGUUCCCUAACAUCUCGCUUGCCAACAACGAGACGCUCAAGUUUGACCGUAUCCUCGCCGAUGUGCCCUGCAGCGGUGACGGUACGAUGCGCAAGAACAUGGAGAUCUGGAAAAAGUGGCUGCCCAGCGACGGCAACAGCCUGCACAUUGUUCAGCUACGCAUCCUGCACCGUGCGAUGAACAUGCUCAAGCCUGGCGGCCGCCUCGUCUACUCGACGUGCUCGUUCAACCCUUCCGAGAACGAGGCUGUCGUGGCGGCGGCGCUCAACGCCCACCCGGGCGAGUUCUCCAUCGUUGAUGUCUCGGACAAGCUGCCUGGCCUCAAGCGCCGGCCCGGGAUCACGUCCUGGAAGGUCGGCACCAACGGGCCGGACGGAACCGUCUACCACGAGUCGUACGAGGCGUACAAGGUGGCCCGGGAUGAGACGCCUAACGAGGAGGAGAAGGGAAAGAAGAAGGAGCUGGCGUCAACACUUUGGGCGCCAGACAAUGCCACCGAGCUCGGUCUCGAGCGCUCCCUCCGCCUCCUUCCCCACGACCAGAACACGGGCGGCUUCUUUGUGUGUGUUCUCGAGAAGGCUGCGGCGCCAGUCGCACCGUCUGUGCCCAAGGUCGAUAUUGACGCGUUGCCAGAGAUGGGUGACGUCGAGGCGACCGACGAGAAGGGGUCGGUGAGCCUCAAGCGUGCGCUCAGCCCCUCGGCCGAGAGUGCCGAGGGUACCGAGCCUCAGGCCAAGAAGGCCCGGGCUCCCGGCCAGGCGCCUAAGAAGAAGGAGCGUCCCGACCUGGCUUUCCGUGAGGACCCAUUCUCAUUUGUUGACCCGGCGCACGACGAGGUCGCUAUCAUUGUCGACUGGUUCGGCCUCAACAACGAGUUCCCGCGUAACAACCUUCUGGUGCGCAACGCCGACGGCUCACCGCACCGCACCAUCUACAUUGCCUCGGACCUUGUCAAGGCCAUUGUGGAGAACAACGACUACACGCGCCUUCGGAUGAUCUCGGCCGGCAUCAAGGCGUUCAUCCGCCAGGACUCGCAGGCCCGCAUGGACAUCCCCUGCAAGUGGCGGGUCAGCGGUGAUGGUAUCGACGAGGUGCUCCAGUAUGUUCCCGACGACCGUGUCGUGCAGGCCACUGUGGCCGAGUUGUACACGUUCCUUGAGAACAUGUACCCUCCCAUCGACACGUUUACGCCGCCGUUCAAGACGCACCUUGAGGCCGCGCAGCUGGGCAACAUGCUUGUGCGCUUCGCAGCAGGCGAGGACGCGACCAGCGGGGGCAAGCUUGCACUGCCUCUCGAUAUGCCUGUAUGGAAGGCCAGGCAGAGCAUGUCGCUGCUCAUCGACAAGCGCGAGAAGAGCGUGCUCUCCAACCGCGUGUUCGGUCGCGACAUCUGCAACCCCGUGCCGUUCAUCAAGGGCUCGAACGUCAGUACCGAGGCUAGCUCGACCGUCGCUAGCGGGACGGCUACGCCCGCGACCGAGAACGAGGAAGCGGCAGUUAACGCACCGGCGCUUGAGUCCAAGCUCAAGCAUGAGAUCACGGGCGCCGAGGAGAUCAAGGAGUAG